CAACGUUACUUACUGACAUAGAUCCCUUCUAACAUAAAUAUUAUUGUUAUUUUAAUUAAUUGCAUGAAAAAAAGGCUUAAAAAUGUCGCAAACAUUUUUAUUGGAGCCGGAUAUAAUAGCGGCGACCGAAAAUGUUAUGCCAGAUCUUAACAACGAUUUGGUUUUAGCAAAAAACUUUCUGAAGCAGCAGAGUGCAGCUACUGGGGACUCACUUUACGACCAUCUUGUGGAUAUAGUACAAAAGAUUCUGUCGCAAAAGCCCCCUGAUGUAGUGGACAACUUCGAGCAGUAUUCGUGGGCUGUCAAGCAGGAGAAGUUCCGCCCUAACUUCGAUCUAUUGAACGACAUAUACCUGGCGCCGCCGCAGCUAGCUGUCGUGAGGAGAGUCGAUGAAAUGUUCAGGUUGGUGCAAAGCAAAGCAACUAAAUUGGACAAUAUAGGCGAAGAGGAACAGGAACUCGAUUUGGAAGAAGAUAACGAAAAGCCGAGGAUACAAGAUCUCGUGGACCACAACUAUUACUUCAAGGAGGGAGGGUAUGGUCUACCGGACAGAGAAUGCUAUGCGGUUUACAUCUCUAUGAUCAUGCUUGGCAUCAAGGAACCGGUAUCUACAGUAAGGUUUUUUGGUAAAAUCUUCGGGACUAAAGCCAAUUACUACGUAGCAGAAACGGAUCUAACAAUUGAAGAACUUGACAGGAGGAUUAGGGAGUUUGAAAUGAAAGAUAUGCCAGGAGAAGGCGAGGGUAUGGAGGAAACCGGACAAGUUCGUCCAGACGAGCACGGUGAAAUGUUGGGUGAAGGGGAGGCUCACGUGCCUGUUUCCAAGGAGCCGGUGCCGCCGAAGCUGCCGCCGGAGCCGGUGUCCACGUGGACGGCGCCGAUACCGAUACCCGUCGAAAGACCUGGAUCUGGAAUCAACAAGAAGGUGUACUGGGUAUGCAACAGGCCGGGUGAGCAGUGGGUCUGCCUGCCGGACAUCACCCCGGAUCAUAUCCGCGUCGCUCGGCUCUCCGUGCGUUGCAUGACCGGGGAACUUGAUACUGAGGUGAUAACCUUCCCUCCGUUCGACGGUUCGGAGCGUCACUACCUGCGCGCGCAGAUUGCUCGCAUCGCAGCCGCCACCUCCAUCUCGCCGCAGGGGUUCUUCACCUUCGGCUCUGGAGAAGAGGAGGAGGACCUCGACCUGGAGGAAGGCGGAGGUGAUAUGGAGUUCAAUCCCAAUCCGUACUACCAGGGCCACACCCUCAAGGAUCUCCUGGACUCGAACCUGACGUACUGGGUGCACCACGGCCGGCACAUACUGAAGCAAGGACGCACGCUGUGGUGGAACCCCAACGCGGGAAUGGACGAGGCUUUGGAAGAAGAGGAAGACGAAGGCCCUCCUCCCGUGGAGCCGGAGGUAGGCCCGAGUUUGUUUUCGCCGCUGUCUGAGGACGCUAGGAUCGAGGGUCUGCCGGCGUGGAGCACCCGCGUCAGCUCGACGCUGUGCCCGGACCGCGCGCUCGUCGUCAUCCGGAGCAACACCUGGCCCGGUGCCGUCGCCUACGCCACGACCGGCAAGAAGUCCGAGUGCAUGUACGUGGGCUGGGGUCUGAAGUUCCAGCCGCCGAACUUCUCGCCGCUGCAGCUGCCGUGGCCGAAGGACGAGUAUCCCAUCGGGCCCGAGGUCAUGGAGAUGGCUGAUCCCACUUUCGCUGAUGAGGAGGCGUAUCGCAUCGCGCACCUGCCGCCGGUGCCGCCGCCCGACUUGCUUGGGGAAGGAGAAGGCUACGGCGAGGAGAUGGAAGAAGAAGACGAAUAACAGAACAUGCUAUAAUCGACCUUAUCACCUUAAAAUAAUAGUGAUAAUGUCGGAAGUUUAUUAAGUACCGAUUUGUGGCCGAUUGUUCGAGAAGUCACUGUUUCUUAGGAGUCUUAGAGCGCGACAUGGUGGUAUCCGAUAGAUUAUCAACUUGUCUACCGCACCGCUGGCGCCACUGCGGCACUUUCUCGUACCACUAAUUUGAAGGUUUUAAAGUCCUAAGUUCCCAAGCUUAAAGUUGUCUUCUGCAAAGUUUAAAAUGCCUCUAAGCCUUUGUAUCGAUAGUAUUUAAACGGAAAACCUGACGAACAAGCUCUUAAUAAAUAUGGGGUUUUCUUUGCUCUAUCUUUGUCGAUAAAGGUUGCUGGCUUGUGAGGCUUAACCGUUGUUAUUAUUUUUACUUUAUUAUAUUCAUCAUUUCAUAGUGUUAAUA